AUGGAGUUUCUGCAUAAAAGACUUCUCGCGACAACAGUCGAUGAGCGUGCCGAGAUGAGCCCCGAUGACCGAUUUGCGGUUAUUCCACUAGGAUCGGAACUUAACCAUGGAUUCCGAGACCUUUCAAUGAAGGAUCUUGCGCAAGCCGUGAACUUCCUUUCUUGGUGGAUUGAGAGUACUAUUGGACCAGCUCGAUCGCGAGAGACAUUGGCUUAUAUGGGGAACAAUGAUAUACGCUACUUCAUUUUUAUACUCGCAUGCCAGAAGACCGGAUAUCAGGCUUUCUUGCCUUCGACUAGGAACUCGGAUGAAGCAUUUGCUCAUCUAAUGAAAGUGACAAACUGUUCCAAGUUCUUCUUCAGCGAGGAACGACAGACACGAGUCUUUGAGGUUCAAAAUCUUUGUUCGGCUUUGGAUGUCUUUCAGGUUCCGGCUGUGAAGACAAUUCUCAAUGAUGAGAUUGGUCUGCAACAUUACGCUUAUACGAAGUCUUUUGCCGAUGCUGAGAAUGAUAUCAUUUGUAUCAUCCACAGUUCUGGAACAACAGGCAUGCCAAAGCCCGUCUAUCUUACCAACGGCUUCUUCAUGACUCUCGAUGCAAGUGCCUAUCUCCCAUUACCGGCAGGCCGUCAGCCGGCAUUCCACUUCCAGGGCCAACAGGACCUGGUAUUAGUGACGACGCCCCUCUUCCAUCUCAUGGGACUGAUGCCACUCUUGUUCUCAGUAUGGCACAAGGUCCCCACCCUAGUCGGACCAGACAAGUCCCUGUCCGUCGACCACAUGGUCGAACUUUUUAAAACAGCUCGUCCAACACAAGCAGUCUGCGCACCCUCAAUCCUAGAUGACCUGAGCCAUUCCAGCGAAGCCCUGGCCUGUCUCAAGCAAUUAAGAUGCGUCUACUUUGGAGGAGCACCUUUGUAUCAGGAGGCAGGCGACCGACUACGCGAAUAUACUCAAGUUACGUCAGUGAUCGGCACCAGCGAAAUCGGCUGGAUUGCCCAACUGAUGCCCGAAGACCCAGCCGACUGGAGCUACUUCGAAUGGAAUGAAGCCUACGGCGUGGAUAUGCAAGACUGCGGCGAUGGAUUAUUCGAGUUGGUCCUCCCGCGUCAGCCGAAUGCCCGCGACUUCCAAGGCAUUUUCCACACAUACCCCGACAUCGACGUGUAUCCGACCAAUGAUCUGUACACACAGCAUGCGACGAAUCCGUCUCUGUGGAAAUUCCAUGGACGCAAAGACGAUGUGAUUGUGCUGAGCAACGGCGAGAAAUUCAAUCCCGUCGGCAUGGAGACUAUCAUCGAGGGACACCCGCUUGUUGGAAAAGCGGUGGUUGUGGGACAGUCUCGGUUCCAGGCUGGAUUGCUUAUUGAGCCGAAUCAUGGAGUCGACGAUAUGGACGCGAAAGUCUUUAUCGAUGAAGUCUGGCCGACUGUUCAGCUGGCCAAUCAGACUAUUGCUGCUCAUGGACGGGUGAUGAAGAGCAAGAUUGGGUUUGCUGUGAAGGACAAGCCAUUCAAGAGGACUCCCAAAGGCACUGUGCAGCGCCGGGCUGUUCUUCGGGAUUAUGAGGAAGAGAUUGAUGCAAUUUAUACUAGGGGUUUGGAGGAUGACUUGGAUCAGAUCUUGCCAGAGACGUUGGACCAAGAGAGCGUCCCUGCUUUCAUCCGCCAAAUUGUUAUCCGGGUCCUGGAACGGUCUGAUUUUGCAAAUACUGAGACGUUCGACAGUGCUGGUCUUGACUCCUUGAUGACCAUUCGAGUUUCUCAGUUGCUUCAACGGGGCAUUCAGCUGCGUCGCCCAGAUUUGAAAGCGGGAGCUAUCAGCCCGCAAACGAUCUAUGGAAAUCCGACAGUAGACCGGCUGUCUCAAUUUGUGGUUGGCAUCUUGGAUGGCAAGUCCCAGGCUGAGAUCCCGCGCGCAGAGAAGAUUCAAAACCUGGUGAUCAAGUAUACAUCUGACCUUCCUAUCCGGGACGAGCGCCCCCAAAAAGGAUCGUCUUCGCCUUCUACUGUGAUUCUCACGGGGUCGACCGGCUCACUGGGAAGCUAUCUUCUCUAUUCUCUACUGAGCAACAAUACUGUGUCAAAGGUCUACUGUCUCAAUCGUUCGGAUGCCGAAUCCCGCCAAAAGCAAAGCUUCAAAGACAAAGGCCUCCAUCUGGGACCGAAGGACUGGCAAGAUCGGGUUGAAUUCCUACAAGCCUCAUUCGGGGCACCAAGAUUCGGCCUCGACGAAUCCAAAUAUAAAGAGCUCCUCAAAACAGUCGACACAGUAAUCCACAACGCCUGGAAAGUCGACUUUAACCACUCCGUCGACUCCUUCGAAGACACCCACAUCCAGGGUGUGAGACGUUUCAUCGAUUUCAGUCUGAGCAGUGAGCAUAACGCGCACAUCCACUUCAUCUCCUCAAUCAGCACAGUCGGCGGGUGGACACCAGCGAUGGGCCCUUCGGUUCCAGAACUCCCGAUGGAAGACAGCGCAGUGGUUCUUCCGCAAGGAUACGGCGAGUCCAAGCACGUCGCCGAGCGAAUCUGCCUGGAGGCAUCGAGACGGUCUCAUGUGCCCACGACAGUAUAUCGAGUCGGCCAGAUUGCCGGGCCAACGAGCACAAGCGGACAAUGGAAUCCGCACGAAUGGCUCCCGACGAUCAUCGCGACCUCAAAAGCAAUGGGUAAAAUCCCAACUCGACUAGGUUCUAUGGCUGUGGACUGGGUCCCGGUGGAUAUACUGUCUAAAGUGAUAGUGGAGAUUAUAGACACACGUCAUAAGGAAAGCACUCCAGCCGUGUUUCAUUUGACGAACCCGGAAGCGAUACCAUGGUCGUCUUUAGUCCCGGCAAUUCAGAGCCAGUACAAAGUCGAGCCUGUUGAAUUUUCCGCGUGGGUUGCCGAGCUGGAAAGUAUCUCCAAUCCCAGCGCCGUGGAUAUCGCCUCCAAGCCUGCCCUCAAGCUGUUGGCUUUUUACCGUGGGCUACAGGAUGAGGGGAGUGCGAUGGCUGUGGCGUUGGAUGUUAGUCGGGCGAAAGAGGCGAGUGCUAGCAUGAGGGGUUUGGGGCCGGUCAAUGCCGAUAUGAUGCGGAACUGGAUAGUACAAUGGGGAUUUUGA